AUUCUUACAACGAUAAAUAGUGAAAGCCGAUGAAUGUUAGCGAAGGAGAGGCGGAACAAGAAAUCCAGAUUGAUGCUUCACUGAAGGGUCUGUGAUUCAACAUUGAAGCCUGCUGGUAAGUUGGUUUCUCCCUCGGGCUGUCUCUACGAACAUUCAUCAUGCACAGUCCAAACCUAUGGGGAGGGAAGGAAGUUAGAAAAAAGUGCGGGAGGGAAUUGAUGACUUCAUUCCUGUCUUUGAUAUAUUAUUAUUCCAUCAAUCGCUAUCGCUUGUCUAGAUGGAUACCUUUCUCUGACAGGAGACAGGAGGCUAAUAUGGGCAGAUCGAGUAGGAAACUGAGUGGGCAUUUGCUCUGACAUUACACAAUACUUCACAACUCUCAUCACAAUACCGUCACAAUCUCAUGAAUCUCAUGAUCUCAUGAUGGGUAACUCCGAGAAUGAAGAUCCGCUUGAAGAUCUCAUUAUAAACUACAAUGAGCUCAACAGCUCCGUCAUCGAGGAACUCGACGAGGAGCCGAGCGCCCUUGAAUUUAUGAGAUUUGUCGCCCGAAACACCCCCUUUGUCGUGAGGAGCGGCGCUGCCAACUGGCAGGCGACUCGGACAUGGACGGUCAAUUACCUGAGGGAAUUGCUCCGUGAUGAAUCCGUCAAUGUCGCUGUUACUCCAGCAGGCAACGCCGACGCCCCCACGCCGUACACUUCCCCUGACGACGGCACCACCACCCUAGUCUUCGCCAAACCGCAUGAGGAAGACCAGCCCUUCAUGACUUUUCUCUCCUACCUCAUCUCGCAAGAACACCGCCAACAGAGCCCCCAAACCCCCUCCCAAGCCACCACCAGCAUUACAACAACCGCAACAGGAGAAAUCCGCUACGCCCAAACCCAAAAUGAUAACCUUCGGCACGAGUACCUCCCGCUCUUCGCCCACGUGCCCGCAACCAUCCCCUGGGCCCGCAUCGCCCUCGCCCGCGACCCCGACGCCAUCAACCUGUGGAUCGGCAACUCCCGCUCCGUGACCGCGCUUCACAAGGACAACUACGAGAACAUCUACGUGCAGAUUGCAGGCCAGAAACACUUCGUCCUGCUCCCGCCCGUGUGCCAUGCUGCCGUCAACGAGACGAGGCUAAGGCCUGCUGUGUACCGCCGCCGGCGCAUGGAAGUGUCUGGUGGUGGGGAGGGAGGAGGGGAAGAAGAAGGGCUGGAGUUGGUGCUUGAGGAAGGGGAAGGGGAAGAAGUUCCCUUUGCGAUUUGGGAUCCGGACCGGCCAGGCGAGAACGCGACGAGGUACUCGGCGCUGGUGCAGCCGAUGCUGGUGACACUGGAUCCCGGGGAUAUGUUAUAUCUUCCUUGCAUGUGGUAUCACAAGGUUUCGCAAAGCUGCUCACCUGAAGGAGUUUGUAUCGCCGUCAACUAUCGGUAUGAUAUGGACUUCACUGGGCCUCUGUAUCCGUUGAGCACCUUCGUACGGUCAAUCUCCAGUAAAGCACUGCAAAGGGCAGAAUGACGCCCUGUAUCUUUGAUGUUCCAUGCCUCAGCAUGCUAACCUCAGCAUGACCACCAACUAUGAACACGUUGCAUCACUUUGACCAUCCUAUUUCCGCUUCGCAAUCCUCUUCAGCGCCCGCAUCUCCUUCUUCAUGCGUGGAUCCACCAUCUUGUACCGUCCCUUGACGCCCUUCGGCCUGCCGGAGAUGCCGCGGUUCAUGCCGGCAGCCUUAACCACCUUGACAGGCUGCUUCCGCUUCUUGCGCGCCGCGGCUGACAUGAGCUUGGCGAUGCUGGUGGCCUUUUCCUUUUCAGACAUACCCUACAGCAACGCGAGUCAGCAUCCAGAUCGACCACAAACAAAGAUACGCAGCGCGACAAACCUCAUCGCCGGCUAGCAAAUCGGCCUUCUUUUUGAGCUUCUCGAGUUUCUGCGCCUGCUUGAGCUUCUUCCUGGCCCGCGCCUCGGCGACCUUCUUGAUGGGCCUGGCAUUGUAGGCCCG